AUGUCGGCUCGGAUCUCAGGCCUCCACCAGGACAGGUCCUUUGCCGAGGAGGGCAUGGUUCCCGGGCUUGUGACUAUGAGGCCCCAGGAUGUGGCGAUAGACUUCUCCCAGGAGGAGUGGGGGCAGCUGAGUCCUGGCCAGAAGGUGCUGUACUGGGACGUCAUGCUGGAGAACUACAGGAACCUGAUCUCACCGGGAAUUUGCAGUUUUGAAAACUUUAUUUCAGACUGGGGCACUGGGUCUGACAACAGGAUACCUUCAAAGCAUAACAUCUCUGAAGAGUCACCUCAAAAGAAGGGACAUCGGGACUUGAACUUCAUAAAGGCCUACAGAGAGAACAGCCUCUCUGAGAUGCCCAUCCUGGUGGAAUCUCUGAGCAGCUUCACAGAGAAGAAAGGCUAUGGAUGUCCUGAAUGUGGGAGAGCCUUCAGCUCCAAGUCCUUCCUUACUCAGCACUGGCGGAUCCACACAGGGGAUAGACCCUAUGAAUGCAGUGAGUGCACGAGGGCCUUCAGCCAGAGGAGGAUUCACACUGGCGAGAAACCCUAUCAGUGCAAUGAGUGUGGGAAGGCCUUUAGUGAUCAGUCUUUCUUCAGCCAGCACCAGAGGAUCCACAGUGGGGAGAAACCUUACCAAUGCAAUGAAUGUGGAAAGGCUUUUAGCUGGGCCUCAUCCCUUAAUCUCCACCAGAGAACUCAUACAGGUGAGAACCCCUAUAAGUGUCCUGACUGCAGGAAACCCUUCCGCUCCUCCCUCAGCCUCCAUCAGAGAACUCACACUGGGGAGAGUCCCUACACGUGUAAGCAGUGCAGGGACUCCUUCAGGUACCACUCCUCCCUGACCAAGCACCAGCGGACCCACAAAAUCAAGACACCCAAUGAGUGUAAGGAAUGUCUAAAAGCCUUUAGUUGUGAUUCACCCCUUAAAGUACAUCAGAGGAUCCAUAACCAGGGAGAAAUCCUACACAUAGAGUGA